UAACGAAUUAUGACUAAAUCUCCAUUGCGAACUCAAUCUCACUCCACUGCAACCUUCAUUCAAGAUGAUCACAAGUAUUCCACUGUCAAACACACCAACAUUCACCCAACUCUGUAACCUCAAAUCUAUAACCAAUAUGAGGACUUCAGAAUAUUCAAAUGCAAAUGUUAAGAAUAUGACAAGAUUAUUGAAAGUCAAAACUAAUAAAUCAAUCAAAUGAAGUACUCUUAUCAUAUAUGUUUAGGCAAUUCAUUUCAGAUUGUCAAAUCAGUUUGAUUCAUUUUAAAGAAUAAUUGGAAGAUCAAUUGUCUAUCAAAGAAAACUACGACUAAGAACUCAGACAACUCAAUUAAUUGGUCGCUUCCUUGAAAUCAGAGAAUCAACAAUUACUAUUGUUGUAUAAUGACAAGAAAAGCGAAGUCGACGAACUUACUUCCAAUAAUCUCAUCAUCAUUAAUGACUUUAACAAACAAUUUGAGAACACUCUCAAGGCUCGCAUUGAAAAAGAUAUCAAAGAGAUCCACAACAAAUACCUAAGGGUAUUAGUCUUAGUCAAGCCUAUAGGAAAUCCAACUGCUUAAGACAAAACUAUUUGAAUAAGAAAAACUUGUUCAUAAUCAAGAAGUCAUUCGAUUAUUGCAAAAGAAAUGCGAGGACUUGUUGCAAAGCAUAGACUAAAAGAAUAAUUACAUCGAUGAUUUACUCAUCAAAUACGGAGAAUUGGAUGAAAAAUACGAGAAUCUCAAAAAACAAAUGUCCUAAAAGCUCUAUGAAGAAGAAAUCUUAGAUGAUUUAUCUAUAUUUAAAUUAAACAAAAGUUGA